CUUAUGCUGCACGCUGCACUCAUGAAUCAUUAUUUAUAUUUUAUUAUGUCCCAUGACUAUUGAUGUUCAGUGUUCACGUUUAAUUUUUUAAAAUUUAAAUUAUUGAACAUUGUGCCCUUUAAAUCAUCAAAUAUGUUUAAAAGUGGUUUUAUAAAACUAAAUAAAGACGAACCACCCAAAGAAAAAACUUCCAAAGCAUCCAAUGAUAGGGGUGUCGUAUAUCUUGGCCAUAUUCCCCAUGGUUUCUACGAAAAUGAAAUGAAACAUUAUUUUACACAAUUUGGAGAAGUCACAAAUAUUAACAUUCCUAAAAGCAAGAAAACUGGUAAAGCAAAAGGAUAUGCAUUUGUAGAGUUUUUGUAUCCGGAAGUUGCUAAAGUAGUUGCAGAAACUAUGAAUAACUAUUUAAUGCACAAGAAAAUUCUUGUUGCUAAAUACCUUCCUCCAAAUCAAGUAAAAAGUAAUACAUUUUGGCGUUGCAACAAAAAUAAAAUUCCUCUAACAAUAAAAAAUAGGUCAAUACAUAGAAAGGCAAUGGAAAGACCAUUAAAUCUCAAACAAGAAAAACAAAGUAAAGCUGCAUUAAAAAGACGUAUCCAAUCUUUACAAAAUAAAUUGAAAAGUAAAGGAAUUGAAUAUGAAGUGCAAGUAGAAAUAUAGAACACAUGGUUGAUGCAGUAAAGAGAUAAUGAUUUUGAAAAAGUAAUCAUUACAAAGUAUAUUCAGUGCACAUUAAACCUUAAAAUCUUAUUUGCUGUUUUUACUUUAAAUUUUCAAUGUAAUAUAAUGUUUUAUUAUUUUUA